GGGGGAAGCAAGGAGGAGGGAAGGAGGGAGGAGAUGUGAGAGGGAAAGGCAACAUGAUCAACCUGGCUGUCUACCAUUGCCAUACGCUUAGUGUCUUAUAUGUGCUUCUAGCUUCCAGAGGUUGGCCAUUUCGGGGAGGGGAGUGAACCCCUCACCAGCCCCACUGCUCUUUUGGAGGAGGAGAAGAAACCUAGACGGUCUGCCGCCUGCUCCCUUCCCAGCGAGACAUUUCAUAGGGACUGGGAACAGGUUUCCAGAUAUAUUCUCAUCAUACAGCAAGAAAUAUAUUUGAAUGAGAAAGAAAAAAGAAUAUUCAAGAAAAAGAGCAGAAAUUGUGAAACCUCAAAGCACUUUGUUGUUAAGUAUACAUGAAGAAUGAAAACACCCAGGUUGAAGCAAUGAAAAGAGCGCUUGAAAGCCUUAACUUGAAUAUUGUGGAGAUGACAGAUGAACAGGCAACCUUGGAUGGAGGAGAUGUUUUAUUUACAGGCAGGGAAUUCUUUGUGGGUCUUUCAAACCGGACCAAUCGUCGUGGUGCAGAAAUUCUGGCAGACACCUUUAAGGAUUAUGCUGUUUCCACUGUUCCUGUUUCUGACUCCUUGCAUCUGAAGAGUUUCUGCAGCAUGGCUGGGCCAAAUCUCAUUGCUAUUGGUUCAAGCGAAGCUGCACAGAGAGCCCUCAAGACUAUGCAACAGAUGAGUGACCACCGCUAUGACAAGCUUACAGUUCCCGAUGAUAAUGCAGCAAACUGCGUAUAUUUAAACAUUCCUGGCAAAGGUCAUAUUUUGUUGCAUCGAGCCCCUGAGGAAUAUCCAGAAAGUGUAAAGGUUUUUGAAAAACUCAAAGACCACAUGUUGAUCCCUAUCGCUAACACAGAGCUGGGGAAAGUUGAUGGGGCGCUCACGUGUUGUUCUGUGCUUAUUAAUAAAACUUCACAAUUAUGAGUUUACAGAUGCCACCCCUUGUAACUGGCAAUAACAUACAUGCAAGGUAGAUAAAUUUGUAUAGACUUUUUUUUGGUUUCUCUUGACAAUCUACUGUACCACUGUGCUACUAACCUUUGUUUACAAUGGUGCCCCUUCAAAUGGUAAUUAAGGUGCACAUAUAUGCUCCCCUCCCCAUGUAAACGAACUUUGAAGCAUGUUUGUCUGGACUUACAGAGACAUUAGGGUCAAUCUUGACUUGUCUAGUUGGUGUGAAACUAGUCUAAGAAAUAAUAGGGCCGCUUCUGACGUUACAGGUUGAGCAUCCCUUAUCCAGAAUCCCAAAUUAAUCCAAAAUUGCCCACACUGAUAACUGAGAUAGUGACACCUUUUUUUGUCAUGGCUCAGUGUACACAAACUUUUGUUUCAUGAACAAAAGUAUUUCAAAUACUGUGUGUAAAAUGACUUUCAAGCUAUGCAUAUAAGGUGUAUAUGAAACAUAAAUGACAUUUGUGUUUCGACUUGGGUCCCAACUCCAUAUGUAAGUAUGGAUCCAGACACUUCUGGUCCCAAGCGUUUCGGAUAAUGGAUACUCUACCUUUACUUUUGAAUGUGAGAAAUCUUAAGACCCUUAUUUGAUGACAGCAGAAGUGGGCAACUAUGACCCCCAGCUUUUGUCCCCAUGUGAAGAAUGGCGGUGCAGCAAUGAAUGAGGGGCCAUAGCUGCCCAAUUCUAAUUCAUAGUGAUCAAAUUUAUCCCCACAUAAUCAUCCCUUGCUUUUUUUGCACAUUUCACCCCCAAAAUAAGUCUUAGGCCUGGGAUGUCCAAAGUGUGGUGAUGCAUAUAGUUCUCCUAAAUAGACAUACGGUCUAUCAAAGAAAGUGUCGCUGUUUAUUGAGCCUUCUUCUAUAAGCCGGUUUUGUGAGGGUUUUCUGUGCCCAACAGAAUGGUGAUAGAUGCCAUUCUCCUGAAAUACAAGUGACUCUUGGUCUUUCUGUUUAUGAAUAUCAUGGAAAUGUUAUCAUGCUUCCAUUCGCCUUUCCCACUGAUCCACUUCCUUUCUAUGCCUGGGGAUAAAUUCACCCAGCUGUGUUGUCGAAGGCUUUCAUGGCUGGAAUCACUGGGUGCUGUGAGUUUUCCGGGCUGUAUGGCUGUAUGACCAUGUUCCAGAAGCAUUCUCUCCUGACGUUUCACCUGCAUCUAUGGCAGGCAUCCUCAGAGGUUUUAAGAUCUGUUGAAAACUAGGCAAUUAGGGUUUAUACGUCUGUAGAAUGUUCAGGGUGGGAGAAAGAACUCUUGCCUGUUUGAAGAUUCCCCCAAGCAGUAAGCAGCCAGACCUUGAAGCUGAAAACCUAUUCAAUUCUAAUCAAGGUGGCCAAUUACAACAUUCACACCUAGCUUCAACAGACAAGAGCUCUUUCUCCCACCUUGGACAUUCCAUAUAAACCCCAAAUGCCUAGUUUCCAACAGACCUCACAACCUCUGAGUAUGCCUGCCAUAGAUGUAAGCGAAAUCUCAGGAAAGAAUGUGUCUGGAACAUGGCCGUAAAGCCCGGAAAACUCACAGCAACCCUGUCACCCUGUUUUUCUUAAAAAAUAAAAAUAAAAGCAACAACAGCCAUGGGAGGUUUCAUAUUUGAAGAGAGGUGUGACAGAAGAAAGGACUUCCGAAUUCUUCCUCCUCCCCGGAUUGUUGUUCACAAUUAUUCACCAAGCAGCAAAGAUCACUGUGUCUUUUCUCAUGUGAAAAGUAGCAUGGGGAAGAUUUUGCAUGGACCUAGAAGGGAAAGGUUAAGCAGCCCCUUCCCAUUUAGUGGCUGUAGUUACCUUCAACCCUGGGAUGGGAGGAAAAGGGCUCAGAGGCCCCUUCUACACAACCAAAGAAAAUCCAGUUAAUCUGCUUUAAACUAGAUUAUAUGGCAGUGUAAUGUGGAUUAUCUGAUUUAAUAAUAUGGAUUAUAUGGCAGUGUAGAAGGGGCCAGAGUAACACCUCUGCCUUUAACAGAAGACAACUAUCCACUGGGGUGGUGGACGAUUCCCUCAAAGGGGACAAUUGCAGUUAUGUGACCUCAAGUCAUUUUGCCUCCUUUUGACUGAGGGAAUGAUCAUAACAAAGGUGGUGUAUCUGCAUUGAAUUGGACAGUUUUGCGCCUCUUGGAAUCCAUCUGUUGGGAAUUAAAUCUUUAGGUCCCUUUCAUGGUUCUUAUAUCAGUUCUUGCUUCAGCUAGUUUACAAGAUGAUUAUGAAUUGUGUUGUCAAAGACUUUCGUGGCUGGAGUCACAGGGUUGCUGUGAGUUUUCCAGGCUGUAUGGUCCUGUUUCAGAAGAAUUCUCUCCUGACGUUUCACCCACAUCUAUGGCAGGCAUCCUCAGAGCUUGUGAGGUUUAUUAGAAACCAGGCAAGUGGAGUUUAUAUAUCUGUGGGAUGUCCAGGGUGGGAGAAAGAACUCUUGUCUAUUUGAGGCAAAUGUGAAUGUUGCAAUUAAUCACCUUGAUUAGCAUUUCAAAUCUUGCUGCUUCAAGGCCUGGGACCACCUAACGCAGCAUUGCCCAAACACGAAUCAAGGAACGUGAAAGGCACUGCAGACUAACUCAACCAAAGAAGUCAGCCAUAGCAGAGAGCUUGAUGAACCAACCUGGACACAGCAUAGUAUUUGAGAACACAGAAAUGCUUGACCACUCUAACAACCACUAUGUCAGACUACACAGAGAAGCCAUGGAAAUCCAAAA